AUUCACCCUUAAUCGUGGCAACGAUUACUUAUAUAGUCACAUCAACAUUGAGACGAGUCUUGCGAGAAGGGACAAUGACGGAAGAAAACGCAACGCCACUGCAACCGCCACAAACGCAGGAGGAUGAUGAAGAGGAAAAGGCAAUGUAUGCUAUCUGGGCAGUACCGGAGGAUGACGUGGAGGAUCGGCUUCAGAGGUUAAUGGAAGGGCUCAGGUCAGAGUUUGGCGGUCCAGCAUUUGAUCCUCACUUAACCCUCGUUGGACCUUUCCCUUACAAACUUACGGCCAGCGAGGCUAAACGGAUGUUCAAGUCGGCGUGUGAAGGUUUUAAGGUGUAUCCUGCUACCGUUGACCAAGUCUCCGCCGGAACUUCUUACUUUCAGUGUCUCUACGUAUCUCUCCGGCACACCGUAGAGGUAAUGAAUGCUGCCGGACAUUUCAUGGCCCACUUCAAACCCUUCACCGGAAAAUUUUACGUGCCACACAUGAGCAUACUCUACGGCGAUUUAACGGAGAGGGAGAAGAAGAAAGCGUUAGAGAAAGCUUACACGCUUGAUUCGAGUCUCGACGGAUUGAAUUUUAAGAUAAAUCGAGUUGCAUUAUGGAUAACCGAUGCAGACGUUGGAUCGUGGGUGAAAGUUGACGAACAUACUCUAAUUUCUUAAAUGAAAUAAAGUAAAUAAAUAUUAUGGUUUUGGGCCUAGUCUCCAAUCUUCCUCUUGUGCUUUGUGUGUUGUGUGCAAUUUGUCUCCCCUUAUUCGGUUUUCAUCUGCUGCAUUGGUUUAGUAAGGUAUGAUGUUCCAUGGUUCGGCUCAAAUUUGUUAUCGGUUUGGUCUAAAUGUAUCUUUGCCUCUGGCUUAAUUCUAUGUUAAUAUGAACAUAGUUUAUGGAUCUUGUGGGAAUAUUCCUCCUUCUGUUUCUUGUUAAGUGUUUUGGUUUAUAUCUUGAAGAAGAAUGACCUAGUCAAGGAUUUGAAUCA